GACAAUUCACUAUUGCACAUAAACAGAAGCCGAAGUCAAAAGUGUUGUUUUUAAUGUGUUAUAAUUAUAUUUAUAGUCUUACAAAAGAGAUAGUCUUAGAAUAUAACUCUAUUGGAAUGUUAUCAAGACACUCAUGUAUCUAAGAAGAAGUACAACUUUAAAAUACCUAAUAGCACUCCCACUGGCCGUUGCAUUCUAUUGUGAAUGGUUUGUAUUUGUGGUUCAACCAUUAUUUUGGGAAAAAAUAGAAUGCGAACACAAUAUAAAAUGUACCAAGAUCCUCUUUAUAGCGGAUCCACAAAUACAAGGAGAUUUAGCCGUUCCACCGCCUUUGAACCUACUCUUCAAUUGGGAUAGUGAUAGGUACUUAAGAUCAACUUUCUCAGUAGUUAUAAAACAUUUUAAGCCAGAUGUAUUGGUUUAUUUGGGAGACUUAAUGGACGAAGGUUCUAUUUCCAGUCAAGUUCAAUUUCAUGGCUAUGUGAAAAGGCUUUCUAAUAUAUUUGAUGUAUAUUAUCCUAUUGUGCAAAUAUGGCUCCCAGGAGACAAUGACAUAGGCGGUGAAAAUGAACCAAUAAAACAUGAUAAAGUGAUGGAGUUCAAUAAAGUGUUUAAUCAGCCAUCAGUAAUUAGCUUCAGAAAUAUAACUUUUUACAAAGUUAACUCCAUAAUGUACAAAGUACCACAAGGACCAGAUGAUGCAGAUUUGAAUGUUAAAAUUGCUGUAGCACAUUAUCCUGUUUUAUCUAAAGGUGUUUAUGGAAGGCAGGUAAACAAAGCAAUACAUCCGGAUAUAUACUUCUGUGCUCACGAGCACAUGUCGAAAUAUUUUAAGCAAACUAAGAAUUUUGAAUAUAAAGAAACACACCUGCUACAAUCAAAUGACCCAGUAUUGAAUAUUGCAUUUGAUGAUGAGUGGCUGUAUGAAAUAUUCGUUCCAACAUGCUCCUAUAGAAUGGGAACAGAUAAAAUGGGAUAUGGCGCAGCAAUCAUAGAAAACAAUCAUAUGAAAUACACAGUAUUCUGGUCACCGAAGAGGUUUCCACAUUUAUUUGUUUAUUUAUUUAUAUUAGUAAUACUUUUUUUCUAUGGAUGUUGUUUUGGUUGUGUGCGAAUGAUUUCUCGUCAAUCAAAACUUGUUAGGACUGAAGACAUUCUGCCUCUUUUACAUCGAUCAUAGCAUAAAAAUUAUAAUUUACUAGAAUUCAUAGUUUAUAGUACUUUGGCAUUAGCAUAUCCACCUGUUUCGAUUGUAUAUUCUAAUAAAAAGAACCAGCAAGUAUAUUAUAUAACAAUUAAUUCCAUCUUUAAAUUUUUUUCCACAAAUUGAAAGCUAUAAUAAUAUUUAAGUUAUACUCAAAUAGUAUAAAUCAAUAUAUAAAAAUAAUCAAUUUAUAUGUAGUAUAUAUUUAUAUAUAUAUACAUUUUUUUUUAAUUAUUGCCAUUACCUUAAUCAACAAGUUCCAUAACUUUUAAUGAAAGCCUAUUUAUUUGUAAUUAACCUGAUCAAUGUUAAAAAAAGACAUUUACAUCCCAUAGAGGUUUGUGGUAAUUAAUGUAUUCUUUGAGAAUGAAAUUCUGAAACCCUUGUAUUAUUGCAAAUGUCAAGACUGUUUUUAUUAACAUUUUAAAGUAUUAUCAUCAAAAUUUUGUAUAUUUAUAGAUUACAGGGACCAAUUGUUUGUAUUAAUUAGUAUUCUUAGUUUAGUCUAUUGUUAAAUUAUAUCAUUCUAGAUAU